AAUAGAAUAGAUAGACACAACAAAAGAGAAGACAUAAACAAUAACAUAAUACAAAACCAAGAGAGACGAAGAAGCAGGGUGACAUAUUAUACACAACACAAGAAGCAGUGAGGGAAGGAAGAAAAAAAAACCCAGAAUCUCUCGCUUCGCCUCAUACCAACCACAAUAAGAUUCUUUCUUCUCAUUCUCUCCCUAUUUUUUAUUAAUUGUUUCUCAUAAUCAUACCCUCUAUUGUGUUCAUGUGAGGGAGACAGAGAUCUCACCUCCUCAUCUUACAAUGCCCACUCUCUAGUACUCUCACCCCUUUCCCCCUUUUCAUCGAUACCUAUUAUUGCUUAGAUUCCCGCUUUGUACUCAGCUUGUUUCUGUUACUGGAUUUUCUAGGGUUUCAUUGGAUCGUAGCUCUGGACUGAUAAGAGUUUGAUCAACUGCGCCGGAGUUGCAUGAAAUGGGCAUGAGCUCCGAUCUUUUUAGAGGUUCGAAUUGUGGGUUUGGAAACACGGUGCUUCAACAUUUGUACUUGGAGAUUGCUUAUUCUUAAGAUAUGAUGGUAUUUCACAUUGCUUCUAUGAGCAUGGAAGAGGAUUGUCUAUAUUAAUUAAUUCUUUACUCACUGAUCAUCACUUUCAGACCCUAUUCUAGAGACGCCACAAAGCCAGGGGUCUUCGGGUUUUGGCCUUUGUUGGGGGUGAUUUUGGUUUUGGGCCCUCACACAAAGGAAAACAAGUUGAUGAUUUUUUGUUGGCCCUAAACUAAGUAUCGAGGAUCUGAUUGCAGGGGUUUCUGAAGAAACCCUUUGGAUUUAUAUAACCUAAGACCCUAAUCCUAAGCACAUACUUAUUGGGGCUGUGCUGAAUUGUUUACCCCUAGGACUUUAGUUAGUCAGAUUAGAGUGGUUGCUGUGCUCCGGGUACAUUUGGUUCCUUCAUUUUGAAUCAAAUUUUGAUAAUAUUAGUUUCAGCUGUUUGCAUAUUUGGUGAAGGGAAGUAAAGUAAACCUUGGUGGUUUCCAUAAUUUGUGUUUGUAGUGAGUAAGAAGCUUAUGGAGGAAUACUAAAGCUGGAAAUGAAUGCGGUGACAUGGUGCAUGGACAAGAGCAUAGUUGCUGGCCGGUUCCCUUUCUGGAACAAAUCUACUUGAAACUAAUUAAAGCAUUCUCAAUUUUACAAGGAAGAUACACGGGGCAUAUCCGGUUUUCGUGCAAUGUCGCGCUGCUUUCCAUUUCCACCGCCAGGGUAUGACAAGAAGGGUAUAACAGAUAAGGCUAGAACUGAUGACGCCGGUUUAUUAAAAAAGGAAAAACACAGAGAUAAAAAGCAUAAAAAAGAGAAGAGAGACAAGGAGAAGAAGGAAAAGAGAGACAGAGAAGGAAGGGAUGGAAAGCAUAAGGAAAAGAAGGACAAAAAAGAAAAACACAGAGAAAAAAAGAAAGAUAAGGAUAAGGACAAGGACAAGGACAGAGAUAAAGAUAAGAGCAAAAUCAGUGCUGCAAUUGAGAAAGAAUUUCCAGGACAAGCUCAGGGUCUCAAUGCAGGUAAACUUCAUCAAAAGGAAGUCAAACCAAAUGAUAGGAAGAGUGUUUUACUUGAUGAUCAACUUUCCAAACAGUAUGCCAAUAACAAUGGAGAGAAGGCCAGAGAGAAUAAUCAUUUGGCUGAGGAAAAUAAGAAUUCUAAAUUCCUCCUGGAGUUUGACAGGAGGAUUAGGAAUAACGAUGGAGGUGCUGAGACUCAAUUGGUUAAAAAGUUUACAGCUGCAGAACACAGAAAGGAUGAGGGGACUCUUAGGUUGGUUGCCAAGGGUAGUGGCACCUGGCCUGAUGGUAAGGAAAGGUUUCACGAUAAGGGCAUUGAUACCAGAAAGGUUGAUAGGAGAGGAAUCUGGACAGAGUCCCGACCUAUUGGAAAUGCAACAGUUCAGAAUCAUGCUGAAAAUUUUCAUCCCAGGGUUGGUGAAAUGCCCAAACCUCUGGAAAAGAAUUUUGAGAAACCUUUGGAAACAACAGUUGAAGGAAAGGAGAAGGUUAAGGAAAAAAAAGAUGAUAAGAAGGGAGAUAAAAAGAAAAACAAAGAGAAGGGGAAAAAAGGACAUGGAAAGGACAAAGACAGGAAUAAAGAGAAGAAAAAGGAGGAGAAAGCAAAGGGGAAUGCUGAACAUGAAAACAGAGAGCAGCAGAAUAAAUUAAAAGAAGACAGCAAAGCUGGUCUGUUAGGUUCAAAUUCUUUCACACAGGUUUCCAGGCACAGCCAUGAGAGUUCUGCUGUUGGGGAAAAUUACAAGAAGCGGAAGAACAUUGAAUCAAAUGGAAUUAUGCAUGAAAAUGACAGCAGGCCCAGUAAGUUGCCUAAACCCUCUCCCUCUCCCUCUCAUCUCACUGAAAAUGGAAGGAUAUUGGAACCCUGCCAAAUUUCCCUUCUGAAUACAUCUGAUAGGCUGGGAGCAGCCUCUAAUGUCAAGGUUGAUAACAAAGAACGCAGGAUAAAUGGCAUUAUUGAAGCUCUACCAUCUGCAGUUUCCUCCAACAAAACUCCCACCACUACCAUUCCAGCUGAUCCAGUGAGUGAAGCAUCUGCAAAACCACCCCAUCCAGAUACCAAGUACAUAAGUCAGGUAUAUUCCGUACCCAAAACAGAUGGGUGGUCUGAUUUUGAUGACCAACAAUGGUUGUUGGGCAGCAGUAGCUCACAGGAAAGAAAAUCUGUAGUUAAAUCUUUGGAGGUUGGGGAUACACUGCAAGUAUGGGCAGAAGCUGUGCAUAUAGAGCCAGCAGAUAUUUUUGCUCUUCCGUAUGUCAUUCCAUACUGACUGAUUGUUUAAGUGGCACAUGAUACUCUUCAAAAAUAUCUGCUCAAGGGACUGGACUCACUCUGUUGGCUCCCCCUAUUUGAGAGAAACAACAGCAUCGGAGCCCUAAAUUGAUUCUUAUUUUCUGAUGCAUUCUUUUGUUAAUUGCAUGCUAGCAACAAAUAAUGUUGGCCUUGAUCUUGAACUGGUUGGAGGGAAGGAUCUGUCAUAAGUGAUUACAUGUUUGGUGCAUUGCUGGUGGCCUAAUUGGGGCUGUGAUUCUUACUUCAUGCAGAGUAAUUCAUUUACAGAUUAGACUUCAUAAAGGCAGCUGCAGGUUGUGGGGAAAAGAUGAGCAAGCUGGUGCAAAUUUUCUUUUUUUAAAAAAAAAAAAAAAUUAAUUUUUGUCUAGAUCUUUGCCUGGGCAGCUAGCUAGUUCUUUCUAAUUGAGAAUGAGAAUGAGAAUGUAAGAGAAACUAGACCACAAUUUUGAUUUGUAACAUAGAAAUCCUAUUUACUAGAAUAUGUAUGAUAGAGAGGGGGUAAAAGGGUCUUAGUAGUCGGAUUCAAUUUUUUGGUUUCCUGUAAAUUUUCUUGGUUAUUUCAUCAUUUUGCAAGUCCUUGCUAUCAGUGGGCAGUGUUGAGUUAAAAACUAUUACAAGGGAUAUCAUACCAACUAAAGAUAUGAUUGACUUGUUUCUCAGAAGUUAGUAGUUACUGAUGGAGUUGAAUUUUUAAUGUGUACCGUUGAAUAUCCUAAUUAAUUAGACUAAUACUAUCUUAAUAGGUGGUUCAUGGUGUACCAUUUUU